CAUAGCUAGUUGCACGAUAAGGUGAAACUAUUUGUAACUAUAUAAACUGGACGCUCCAGUCAUCGUAAUAUAAGAAAGAGUGGAAUAAACUACUGGCUUAGCAGCGAAAAUACGAAGAAUUAUCAGAUAGGUAGAGAGAAAACUGAUUAUGAAGAUUUUCGUUGUUAGUGCAUUGUUUUUAUUGGCCAUUGCGGCGAAAUCAGGAGACGCGUUGACCUGUGACCUGGCUGAGAUUCCAGCAAGUAUUGAGCAAGGACAGUCAUGGUUAUUAUCCAAACUUGAUGCUCGUGGAGGGUUGGGAGAACAGACACACCGGGCAGUUACGACCUUGUAUCUGAGUGACCAUGCCCCCUUCACAAAAGGAGACCUAGUAUAUGAAAUCAUGGUCAAAGAAAUGGAAUUACAACUAGCCGUCGCCCUCUGGAGAUCAUUAAAUCCCGAUGAAAAAGUGUUGUCAGCAGGAAAACUAGCCCUCUACGUCAACGGUCUUUUAGCCGCCUGUCGGAAUCCUAGGAACUAUUUCACCGUAGACCUGACGGAAACUCUUAUGGAGUACAACUUCACGGCCUCAGAAUUUUCAUAUGCGCUAGUGUCUUUGGCUCUCUGCAAUUCCGGGCGAAAUCUAUCUGGAGAAAGAAUUGCCCAUCUUCUGGGUGAAAUUCAACCCAAGCCCGGUGCCCACUUCUGGACAGAUACUCAAGCCUUAAUAGUGAUGGCUUUGUCCUGUGUCGCAAGAAAAGAAGGUUACAGUUAUCUUGAAAGUAAUAUAUCUACGGUCUUGGAGCACUUCAAAGAAAUCCAGAAACCAGAUGGAAGUUUUGGAAACGUGUACACCUCUGGACUUGUAGUACAGGCUCUUUUGGCAGCAAAAGACGACGGAAGGGGCUGGGACUUCAAUCAAGCUUUGAGCUAUCUGUUAUCUCAACAACAACCGGAUGGGUCAUUCGGAGACUUGUUGGCCACAUAUUUUGUACUUCCGGCACUGGCCUGUCGGAGCUUGGUGGACUUGGGAGACGUCAAUUGUACAGAAUCAACGACAUUAGAUGACACUACAAUACAGGAAGAACAGAAGCCUGACAACCUGGAGGGAGUUGAGUUCAUCAAGGUUCAUUACUCCCUGUGGAUUGGAGAUGAAGAGAAAUACAGCUUGACUUUGGACAAGGUUCUACCCAAUACUACGUUCUUCAACAUUAUGAAAGACGCUGCCAAGUUAAACCCUAAAUACAAGUUUGAAUGGGAGGAAACGGCCUGGGGACCAUUUGUACAAAAGAUAGCUGGUGUUGCUAAUGAUCCCAUUAAUAAGACCUACUGGAUGGUUUACAUUAUGAAUCCAGACACAAACAAACCCGUACUUUCAAGCGUAGGUGUUGGAAAACUUCUACCCAAAGAUGAAAACCACGUCAUAUUUUGGUACCAGGCUGUAGUAGUAUAAACUAUUAAUGGUGAAGACUACUUUUAGCAGGCUUGGAGAUAUUGGGCAAUUCAAUAAAAUUUGUUUUUAAUUUGA